AUGGAGGAAGCAACUCCGUUGCUACUUCUUUCAAGUUCUUUGACGGAUUACGGCGGGGGGAACCAGGAAGGUAAGAUUCUGUACAGAGGCCACAGAGUUUUAUGUCUAACUGAAAAAUUGGAAUUCGAGGCUGCGAAAGAGAUUGUGAAAGUACUGGGGAAUCUUCCUCUAGCAAUUGAUCAAGCAGGAGCACAUAUGCAUACUCUGAAGAUGCAGGCCACAAAAUACCUAUCACGCCUCAAAGAGAAUGCUGAGACGCUGAACUGGAAACCACCGACUAAUAUGUGGCCAUACCGCAAGACAGUGCUAGGCUCUUGGGAUUUGACUUUCAAAGAGUUUGAAAAAUCAUACUCUGGCGCGUUUGAGAUUUUCCCAGUUUGUGCGUUUCUCGCCGGCGAGAACAUAAGUGAAAACAUGCUCAAAUCGGGCUUCGAAUUUGCGCAAAAGGACGCCCUAGCUCGGGUCGUGGAAGAUGGCAUGGGAAGGCUCUUCUCCUUCUCUCUCGCAAAGCGCGAGGCUGGCGAUACGUUUUCAAUCCAUACGGUACUUCAGACAUGUGUUCGCCAAAGAUUAACUAAGCCUCAAAGACAAAUAUUUGUGGAGAGAACAAUCUUAGUUGUUGCUGGCGCUAUAUGGAAACUGUCAUUGGAGCGCCAGCAAGGUUGGCUUACUUAUCGGCUACUACUAUCGCAUGUUAAUAGUUGUGAGGGGCAUCUCGAUGACUCCAUCCAGCACACGACAUGUACAAGAGCGCUAUUCAUCCUCGGAAACUUCUGCGAUCAGUUCGGCCAACACGACCAGGUAAUUCGCUGGUUUGAGAAAGGACUCAAUACAGCGGCGCCCCUAUCCACACUAUCAAGUUUUGACGGCCAUGACGGCAUUUUGACGGCCAUGCUCAAUAAAGGCCAGUUGCACGAGGCAUUGGCCAAGUUUCAAACUCUCCAUACCGAAGUGGUCACUCAACUAGUGUCGGCUUUAAAGUGGUACAAAACAUCACUCUCUCAAGUGAGGGAGAAACUUGGCCAAGGAGAUCAGAGAACACUCGCUACUUUGAACAACAUCGCGGUGAUUUACAAAGAACAAAAAGAGUAUGAAAAGGCGCUCGACGUCUUCCAAGAUGUACUGGCGAAAAAGGAGGCAGCUUUGGGAGAGGAAGAUCCCUCCACUCUUGAAACAGCCAUGAGUAUUGGCAUCUUGCAUGGGCACCAUCGGCGGGACAAUGAGGCACGUCAUUUCCUGCAACGAGCUCUCCGUGGAACAGAGAAGCAACUGGGGAAAGACAGUCCGAAAACCCUCAGAGCAAAGGGUAAUAUCGCCAACCUGCAUCUCAGAUGCGGCCGGCUUGAAGAGGCUAUCAAGCUACAUGAGGAGACCUAUGAUGGCUUUCAAAAAGUUUAUGGGCCUCUGCAUCAUGAUAUAUUGACUACGGCUGACCAUUUAGGGGAGGACUAUUGCCAAAAAGGGCUGUAUGCUGAAUCGCUUAGGUGGUAUGAGAAGGCAUUGGAUGGAUUCAGAGACGGUUCUGGCUUGAAUCAUUCUGGGGCGCAAUCAGUCGAGAGUCAGCUUUGGGCUCUCCUUCUCCAAUGGCACCAAAGAACAAGAGAGAUGCGGUCCAGAAGACAAGCGACAUCUGCCUUCUCCUCAACAUCUCACUCUGGGAGUGGUCAGGGAACGGUCAGAGAUCGCUUUAGGGUGAGCAAAGCUGCGAGCGGCUCAUCAUAA